AUGGUAGGCCCCUGCCAAGUAAUUACAUACCUGGGCAUUGAAAUAGACACAGUAAAUUUUGUUGUUCGUCUCCCACAAGAUAAGUUCACUGAAUUGCUAUCUUCACUUCAUAAAUGGUUAGGGAAGAAGAAAUGCACAAAGAGAGAACUGUUAUCUCUCAUAGGGUCUUUGUCUUUUGCGUGUAAGGUUGCGAAAUGUGGUCGAAUGUUCUUACGACGUAUUAUUGAUCUCUCCACUACAGUUCAUUCCUUGCACCAUCAUACUUCUCUUACAACAGAGUCUCGCAAGGAUAUUCAAUGGUGGUGUGAGUUUCUCCCCACUUGGAAUGGCAUCGCUAUUAUCCACACUGAAACGUUAGACUCCUCUUCCAUAAAUCUUUUUACUGAUGCUUCUGGAGCAUGGAAAAACAAGCAAUUAGUGUUUUACACAGAUAAUUUGGCUAUUGUUCAUGUGUGGUCCUCUGGGUCGUGUCGUUGUCCAAACAUCAUGCAUCUUGUACGUUUUUUAUUUUUCUACACAGCAGAACACAAUAUAAACCUCCUGGUACGCCACAUUAAAGGCCAGCACAAUACUUAUGCAGAUCUUUUGUCUCGAUUGCAGGUACAACACUUCAAACGUCUAUGCCCAGAAGCUGAAGCAGAUCCAACACCAAUUCCUUCAUCGAUACUACAACUCUUCAAAGAGAUUUAA